ACCACCAUCAAUUGUCAUAGAUAAGAGAGUACCCAAAAAAUCAAUUGCCCACCAGACCUGGAUUAUUCGAGUUUACCUAUCCCCCUGCUCUUACAUCUGUAUUCCUGCAUUGGGCUUCUUGUUAUUUCCUCUUCCGGGGUCGUGCGGGCAUCACUGCCGUGUCAAAACAACCCCGCACGCCUCAGGCCGUUCACACAAUAAGGUUCCCUCCCCUACAUUCCAGGCAGAUAUUUGACCAACUAGCCAUUGAGCAGUAUAAACUUCUGGUGCGCAAUGGGCUCAACCGCCCAAUUCACAACAUCCUUCCUCCCACCCCCCCUCAAGAGCCUCACACGACCCACCGACUCCAACCCCGCGCCCGCCAACAACCCGCAAAUAUUCAACGAUGCCAUGCACGUACGUACAGUAGUCUUUGUAGAUGAGCAGCAUUGCAAACCAGAGAAUGAAUUCGAUGACAAUGACGCGAGAAGUUGGCAUUGGGUCCUCUAUGCUACAACAACAGAGUCCGAAAAGCCCACCCCGAUCGGCACUCUUCGACUUAUUCCUCCCCCGCAUGAACCUAAUGAACAUAAACUGGGGAGACCUUAUGUGGCCCUGUCGAGGGUUGCACUGCUACGGCAGUAUCGCGGCGCGGGGCUUGCGCGUGUCCUGGUAGAAGCCGCCUUGAAUUGGGCGUCGGAACAUCACAAAGCGCUGCAGGAAUCUGAGGACAAGCCGUGGAUUGGUGAUGUGCUGGUCCAUGCCCAAGUCACUGUUGAAAAAAUGUAUGCGCGGCUGGGGUUCGUGACGGAUGAGACUAUGGGGACGUGGGUGGAGGAAGGGAUGGAUCAUGUUGGAAUGUGGAAGACGGUAGAAAUACCGCUGGAAUAACCUAAUGGCUGCUGGAAUCUUUAUCCAGCUACGAGAUGAUGGUUUGAUUGUAAAUGCUGUUGAAAGUUAUCAUUUGAAGCAAGCGUAUAGAGGGAUAUAUUCGACUAGAUUUUCAAUGACUCGUUGGCGGCUUUUCAUGUUUAGAAACGCGGUUAGUCAAUCAUGGUUCUUGAACCGAAAUGUUAUAUAACGUUGCUAGACGGCAUCACCCAUCUUUCAAACUAAAGGAUGCAGAAAUAUUAUACGGGGUCAAAAGAAAUAUCUAGCAAACGCAAAGUCAAGGAGGAGCACACAACAAUUAGAGGAAGCAUUAACAAUAACCACCACCACCACCCAAAAAAUAAAAAAUAAAAAAAUAAAAAAAAUAAAAAAAGGAAAGAAGUAAGGAGAGAAGGAAAGAAAGAAAGAAAGAAAGAAAGAAAGAAA